UUAAACUUCACAGUAGCCAUCGAUUUUACAGCUUCGAACGGUAACCCCUCACAGCCGACCUCCCUCCACUACAUGAAUCCCUACCAGCUGAACGCAUACGGCAUGGCAUUGAAAGCUGUCGGAGAGAUUAUCCAGGACUAUGACAGUGACAAAUUCUUCCCAGCUUAUGGCUUUGGUGCCAAGAUCCCACCAGAUGGCAAGAUUUCCCAUGAGUUCCCACUGAAUGGCGACCUGGAAAAUCCAAACUGCGUGGGGAUUCAGGGCGUGCUGGAGGCGUACUUUAAAAGUCUGCGGACGGUUCAGCUUUACGGGCCAACCAAUUUUGCGCCAGUUAUUAAUCAGGUUGCCAGUGCCGCAGGUCAAGUGACGGAUGGAUCUCAGUAUUAUGUCCUCCUGAUCAUCACCGACGGAGUCAUCUCUGAUAUGGCACAGACCAAAGAGGCCGUUGUCAAUGCGUCAUCAUUACCAUUGUCCAUUAUUAUAGUAGGAGUCGGCCCCGCAGAGUUCGAUGCAAUGGAAGAACUGGAUGGAGAUGAGGUCCGCGUUUCCUCCAGAGGCCGAUUGGCAGAAAGAGACAUAGUGCAGUUUGUGCCAUUUCGCGACUACGUGGACCGUUCCGGAAACCAAAUUCUCAGCAUGGCCCGGCUUGCCAAGGAUGUUUUAGCCGAGAUCCCAGAGCAGUUCCUCUCCUACAUGAAAUCUCGUGAGAUCAAGCCCCGUCCACUGCCGCCUUCCGCGCCCAUUCAGAACCUGCCCACGCACAUCUGA